AUGGUGUACGUGGAUGGGUCUUCGAAUGAGAAAAGAUGUGGAGCAGGUGUGCUUCUCCUCGCCCCAGAUGGCAUGCGCUUUGAAUUUGUCCUACGCUUCAACUUUCACACUUCAAACAAUGAAGCUGAGUACGAAGCCUUGUUGGGCGGACUAUGCAUGGCCAAAAGGCUGGGGGCCACCCAUCUUCUUAUUUUCAGUGAUUCACAACUGAUAGUGAAUCAAAUCAAGGAAGAUUAUCAAACAAAAGACCCUCGGAUGGAGAAGUAUCUGGGAAAGGUCAGGUCCCACCUCGCUUACUUCCAAACCUAUGAAAUUAGUCAGAUUCCGAGAUCACAAAAUUCCAAUUCCGACGCCUUGGCUAAGUUAGCGUCAGCAUACGAGACCGAUUUGGCGAGGUCGGUCCCCGUGGAAAUUUUAGACAAUCCUUCUAUUUUAGAGCCGGACAUGAUGGAGAUCGACUCCCACCCCCCGUCGUGGAUGGAGCCAAUAAAAGACUUCUUGGGGGGAAAGGUUCCAGCAGACCCGAGGGAAACCAAGAAGAUGACAAGGAAAGCAGCUCGGUACUUGCUCCGAGAUGGAACCCUGUACCGGCGCGGCUUUUGCUUGCCCCUCCUUAAGUGUAUUUCCAAAGAAGAUGGAUAUUAUGUUCUUAGGGAAGUUCAUGAGGGAGUCUGUGGUAACCAUUCUAGGGCUAGAUCUUUGUCGGCAAAAGUCCCUGCCGAGCUGCUGAUUCCGAUCUCGGCACCCUGGCCCUUUGCACAGUGGGGAGUUAACCUUAUCGGACCCUUCCCGUUGGGUAAGGGACAGGCCAAGUACGCAGUCGUGGCAGUAGAUUACUUCACCAAGUGGGCUGAGGCCGAAGCCCUCUCGACAAUUACGGAGGCUAGGGUCACAAACUUCAUUUGGACAAACGUUGUGUGCUGCUUCGGCAUACCUAAUGCCAUCGUGACAGACAAUGGCAGGCAUUUUGACAACGCCAAGUUCAAAGACUUUUGCCUCAAGCUCGGAAUUAGUCAUCUCUGCUCGUCCCCGGCUCAUCCCAAGGCCAACGGACAAGUGAAGGAGAUAAACAAGAUUAUCAAGCACGGACUCAAAUUACGGCUCGACGCAAGGAAAGGGCGGUGGGCAGAGGAGCUACCUGAAGUACUCUAG